AUGCCGCCUUGGAGACGGUGUAGUGCUGCUGCUUUCAGUUUCAUCUGUGGCUUGAUUGAUUCGAUUGACAUUCAACCGCCGAGAACGAGAAUCACACUAUCCAAUAUUACCGCUCCGGAAAACUGUUGUUGUUGUUGUCGUCGUCGUCGUCGUCGUCGUCGUCGUCGUCGUCGUCGUCGUCGUCGUCGUCGUCGUCGUCGUCGUCGUCGUCGNNNUGGAAGCCGGUAUCACCAGGGAGUCGAUCUCUCGCAUUCAUCAGAUAUCGAAUCGAGUGCGGUGCAAGUCGGCGGCGGCGGCGGCGGCGGCGGCGGCGGGGGGGAGGAGGAGGAGGAGGGAGGUUUUGCCGGUGGCCAAUGCAUCUGCAUAAUCCGGAAUGACCUUGAACAGAUUGGCCCGCGUCAACACAGCCUAUUGUACGCUCAACGAAUGCUGCAAAAUAUUGUUGUGCAUUGUUCAUGCGAAUGA